AUGGCGGAGAUCUCGGGAAAUGGCCAUGGCGACGCUAGAGAUGGAGCAGUGGUUGUGAACCUCAAGGAAGAAGACGAACUUCAACAACAAAGAGAAGCUAUUCAUAACCCGAAACCACUGAAGAAACAUGAUUCGCUCCUCUCCAUCUCUGUCCCUUUCUUACAAAAGUUGAUGGCGGAGAUUCUGGGAACGUACUUUUUGAUAUUCGCUGGUUGUGCAUCGGUGGCAGUAAACACCCAACACGACAAAGUGGUGACUCUUCCAGGUAUCGCCGUCGUUUGGGGACUCACCGUCAUGGUUCUCGUUUACUCUCUCGGCCACAUCUCCGGCGCUCAUUUCAAUCCGGCCGUCACUAUCGCCUUCGCCUCUUGCCGCCGUUUCCCUCUCAAACAGGUACCGGCUUAUGUGAUAUCACAAGUGAUCGGAUCGACACUUGCGGCAGCGACUUUGCGACUGUUGUUCGGACUUGAUCAAGACGUUUGCAGUGGGAAACACGAUGUGUUCGUCGGAACAGUACCGUCUGGAUCAGAUUUGCAAUCGUUUGUGAUCGAGUUUAUCAUCACUUUCUACCUAAUGUUCAUCAUCUCCGGCGUCGCUACCGAUAAUAGAGCGAUCGGAGAGCUUGCCGGACUGGCAGUAGGAUCAACGGUGCUACUUAAUGUGAUAAUUGCCGGACCGGUGUCAGGGGCGUCGAUGAAUCCAGGAAGAAGUUUAGGACCGGCAAUGGUAUAUAAUUGCUACAAAGGACUUUGGAUCUACAUAGUUUCUCCAAUUCUUGGUGCGGUUUCGGGUGCGUGGGUUUAUAACAUGGUUAGAUAUACAGACAAGCCACUACGAGAAAUAACCAAAAGCGGUUCGUUUUUGAAGACCGUUCGUGAGGGUAGCUCUCGUUAA